CUUGGAAACGAGACACGCAACAAGACUGCAGCACUUUUAACGGCGCAAGAGGGGAAAAGACAAAACUUCCAGCCUGACAACUGACCGACACCAGAAGGAUGCAGCACUACGGAGUCAACGGCUACUCACUGCACGCCAUGAACUCCCUGAGCGCCAUGUACAACCUCCACCAGCAGGCGGCGCAACAGGCGCAGCACGCGCCAGACUACAGGCCCUCCGUGCACGCGCUCACGUUGGCGGAGAGACUAGCUGACAUCAUCUUGGAGGCUCGUUACGGCUCUCAGCACCGCAAGCAGCGCCGCAGCCGCACGGCCUUCACGGCGCAGCAGCUGGAGGCCCUGGAGAAGACCUUCCAGAAGACGCACUACCCGGACGUGGUGAUGCGGGAGCGGCUGGCCAUGUGCACCAAUCUGCCCGAGGCCCGCGUGCAGGUUUGGUUCAAGAACCGCAGGGCAAAGUUCCGCAAGAAGCAACGCAGCCUCCAGAAGGAGCAGCUGCAGAAACAGAAAGAAGCGAGCGGUGAAGGAGGAGCUGAGAAGGAGGCCACCCUUGCACCCUCCACCACCGUCCUUACUGAUACGCAGUUACCUCCGUCCACCUCCGCUUCUCUGGAGACGGAAGGCCCGGUGGUCUGUCCGGUCCCGCCGGACACGGAACUGAACGUGACAUCGGCCGAGCAGUCCGCCGGCGAGUCUGCCGCGGAGGACAACGCCACAGAUAAGGAGGAUGAAAGGAAAUGUCAGCGAGAGGACAUGCAGAGUGAGAGAGCGGUGACACCGGGAGACAUUUCUUCACCCUGCAGGAGACUCAGCCCGAAACAAGACUCGCCUCUGGUCUCCCCGUCCGUGACUCCUUCCUCGUCCGGCAGCGGCCUGGCCGGGGGCGGCGGGGUCGGUCCCCUCUCCCAGAACCACUCGUACUCUUCCUCCCCGCUGAGCCUGUUCCGGCUGCAGGAGCAGUUCCGCCAGCACAUGGCUGCCACUAACAACCUGGUACACUACCCCGCUUUUGACCUGGCUGCCCCGUCUUCGCUGCCCUACCUGGGGAUGAAUGUCAACAUGCCACCGGCGCCGCUUGGCACCCUUCCCUGCCAGUCUUACUACCAGUCGCUGUCCCAUCACGCCCAGCAGGUGUGGAACAGUCCUCUGCUGCAGGCGUCAGCCGCCGGCGGGUUGAGCAGCCACAACAGCAAGACCACCAGCAUCGAGAACCUGCGGCUUCGGGCCAAACAGCACGCCGCCUCGUUGGGGCUGGACACCUUGUCUAACUGA